UCAUCUGAAAAGUGAAAAUCAUCCAUCCGAUCUUUCUUACUCGGCGAAACUGAUAAAACAGAAAUACCCGCAAAAUAUUUUCCUCCUUCAAACCUUGCAAGAUCAUGGCAACCCAGGCAGGUCUGUUCACCCCAGCCAUUACUGCUCCAAAUUGCAGUAAGCCAUGGAAACCAACCUCUUCCUUCUCAUUCACCACUCCCAAGCCUCUCACCUUCUCCACCACUCAAAGAUCUCUCAAAGUUGCCGCUGCUGAAGAGAAAACUGAAGCUCCUACAAAAGAGGCUCCAGUUGGCUUCACCCCACCAGAAUUGGACCCAAACACACCCUCACCAGUCUUCGGUGGCAGCACUGGAGGGCUGUUGCGCAAGGCUCAAGUUGAAGAAUUCUAUGUUAUCACAUGGGAUUCACCAAAAGAACAAAUCUUUGAGAUGCCUACUGGAGGUGCAGCUAUUAUGAGGCAAGGGCCUAACUUGCUUAAGUUGGCUAGGAAGGAGCAGUGUUUGGCUCUUGGUACUAGAUUGAGAUCCAAAUACAAGAUCAAGUACCAGUUUUAUAGGGCAUUUCCUAAUGGAGAGGUUCAAUAUCUUCACCCCAAAGACGGAGUUUAUCCUGAGAAAGUGAACCCAGGCCGCCAAGGAGUUGGACAGAAUUUCAGAUCCAUCGGAAAGAACGUUAGUCCCAUUGAGGUCAAGUUCACUGGCAAGCAAGUUUAUGAUAUAUGAAGCAGCUAGCCAUAUAUAUAUAUAUGGAUCCCUCCGUUUCUUGGAUCAUUGAUGUACUUCUUCAUGUUCAUAGAAAUGCUUGAAAUCUGAACAUUUUUAUA